AUGAUUUCAAAAAGCUACAGAGCGCUUCAAGUAAUACUUGCAGGGGCAGCUGCAUUUUUCUUCCUCCAUGCAUUUAUUGGCAGCUCGGUGCAGGUAUCAUGGCCCAAACAGUUGCCUUCUCUUUCUCGUGGUGUCUUCAACUCUCGCACCUUUGACCACAUUAAAAAUGAAACUCUUGGGUUUCAACACAUCUACGCCAUAGGUUUGCGAGAGCGCACUGACAAGCAUGAUUUCCUCAGCUUAUCGUCUGCUUUAUCUGGUUUCAAGAUUGACUGGAUUGAUGGGGUGCACCCAGACAGUUUGAGUCAGAAGGCUAUGCCCAAUGGACUCAACAUGGAAACAACCACACUGACAAUCAUUGCAUCUUGGCGCGCUCAUAUGAACGCAUUGAUAAAGGUAGUCGAGAGCUCAGAUGCAACUGCGUUGAUCCUGGAGGACGACGCAGACUGGGACGUGAAUAUCAAAAGCCAGCUCAUCGAGUUCGCACGCGGCCUACACACGGUACAAGGAAGCACAAAAGUGACACGCGAGGCGCCCUAUGGAACCGAUUGGGACGUACUCUGGAUUGGUACGUGCCUCACCGGGCCCGUGUCAAACGAGACUCAUUUUUACGCCAUACCAAACGACCCCACUGUCGCAAGCGUGAAGCAACGAGGCGGCGCGAUUGGUAUUCCCGAUAGAUGGCAGGAGGACUUUCCCGAAGACUCGACGCGGUAUAUUUAUCAGGCUGAGACUGGUUGCUGUACAUAUGGCUAUGCUGUCACCAGUCGCGGGGCAAGGAAGAUCUUAGCUUCCCUCUCUAUCGACCACCUAGAGAUUUCGGUAGACAACGCCUUGGGUAAUAUGUGUGGUGGAAUCAAUGGUCGACCAAGGAUUGAUUGUUAUUCUCCGUCUCCGGGGUUGAUUGGCACGUACAAGAGAGCUGGGCCUUCGUCUCGAGACUCGGAUAUUGAGACCUAUGAUGCGAGUAAUAUCCACGAGGAGAGGUCGUGGAAUAUGGUGUAUAGUGCUCGGCGAAAUGUUCAUCGCCUUGUUGCUGGUGAAAAGACUUUCCAUAAUCAAUGGCGAGAGGCGCCUGAGCCUUGGCAGAUGACGGAAGUGGACUUGGAGGAUUUCAAGUAUCCUGAAGGAUUUCUGGUGGAUUUGUGA